AUGACCAUCACUUCCACCCGCGUCAUUGACCCUCCUCGAGUGGCGGCAAAUAUUGCUCAGAAAAAUGACCCAAAGCCCCCGCCGAAGGUGUAUCCCAUUCAAGACCCGCCAUUCAAGGGCUAUACCCCUCCGCAACCAGAUGGUUACGAACAGAGUAGAGGCACGGCGAGCUCCAGCGCCAUCGUGAUCGACAAUGGCUCCCAUCUCCUCAAAGCAGGCUGGUCCUUCGACAAAUCUCCCCGAUUCAUUAUCCCUCCCGUCAUGGCCAAAUACCGCGAUCGCAAAUACAACCGAACGUGUCACUUCGUGGGCUACGAUGCCUACGUCGAUGCGACCACGCGCGGACAGGUGCGGAAUGCCUUCGACCCCGGUACCAGCAUUAUCGGAAACUGGGACGUUAUGGAAGGCGUGCUAGAUUACAUCUUCCUGAAGUUGGGCGUUGACGGAGCGAAUGGCAGAGUUGAUCGGCCCAUUGUUCUGACGGAGCCUAUAGCUAACCUGGGAUAUUCGAGGAAAAUGAUGAACGAGAUAUUGUUCGAAUGCUAUUCCGCCCCUUCAGUCGCCUACGGCAUUGACUCCCUUUUCUCCUACCGCUUUAAUCGUGGAACGGACGGUCUUGUGGUUUCUUCAUCCCACUCCUCCACGCACGUUAUCCCCGUCCUGAAUUCCAAAGCGCUCCUAUCGAAUUCAACACGGUUGAACUGGGGUGGUUACCAGGCGUCUGAAUACAUGAUGAAGCUGCUAAAGUUGAAAUACCCUACAUUCCCGGACCGCAUGACGGAACAUCAAAUGACGCAACUCAUACAUGAACACUGCUACGUUUCGACGGACUACGAUCGAGAGCUCUCUGGGUAUCUUGACUGGACGGGACUGGAGGAUCGGGAUCGCGUCAUUCAAUACCCAUUCACUGAACACGUAGUCGUGGAGAAGACCGAGGAAGAGCUUGCAAGGAUCGCAGAGAGGAAGAGGGAAAGCGGCAGGCGACUACAGGAGCAAGCUGCCAGAAUGCGGUUGGAGAAACUGAUGAAGAAGGAGCAAGAACUCGAGUACUACAAGGAUCUACAGCAGGGACUUGCGUCAGAAUCGAAGAAAGAAAUCAAGCGGAUUCUAGAUGCAGAAGAUAUGAGAGACGAGGCUCAUCUAGAACGCACGAUACGGGACCUAGAAAAAUCUAUCAAGAAAUCCCGAAACAAAGACCUGGGCAAUAAAGAGACUGAAGAGCCGGAGGAAGCUUCAUUCCCACUUCUCGAUGUCCCUGACGAAGAGCUUGAUGAGGCCGGUCUGAAAGAAAAGCGCCAUCAGCGGCUUAUGAAGUCCAACGUCGAGGCGAGACAGCGUGCCAAAGCGGAGAAGGAGAUGGAAAAAGCCCGGCAAGCUGAAGAGGAACGUCUAGACAAUGAAAAGCGCGAAAACAACUUCGAAGAGUGGAUCGAGGAGCGAAGACAGGCUCGCGAGACCCUCCUCCAAAAACUCAAAGAAAAAGAACGCCUAAAAGCCGACCUAGGCAACCGCAAAUCCCUCGCCAGCCAAAUGCGCAUGAAAACCCUCGCAAACCUAGCCUCCGACACCCCUUCCAAAAAACGCCGCCGCGGCCCGGACGACGACACCUUCGGUGCCAACGACGACGACUGGCGCGUCUACCGCACCGUCGCCACAGGCCCCGACGCAGCCGGCGCCGCCUCCGACGACGACGACAACGACGAAAUCGACCUCCCCGCCCAACUGCGCGCCAUCGAGCAGCAGCUCCUCGAACACGACCCGCUCUUCACGGAGAACCACACGCUGGACGCCCAGUCAGACUGGACCAAGAGUCUCGUGCAUGUCUUCCUGCGGGGCCCGUGGCCGUUUGACCCGGAGAGCACGCGCGAGGCGCACCAGCUGCACCUGAACGUGGAGCGCAUCCGGGUGCCGGAGGUUGUGUUCCAGCCUUCGGCGAUUGCGGGGCUGGAUCAGGCGGGGCUGGUGGAGAUUGCGGCGGAUAUUGUUAACCAGCGGUUUUCGGGGAGGGAGGAGCGGGAGAGGUUGCUGAGGGAUGUGUUUGUUGCGGGGGGGAAUUCGCUGUUUCGUGGGUUUGAGGAGAGGUUUGAGAGGGAGUUUCGGGGUAUGUUGCCUGGUGAGAUUGUGGGGGUUUUGAAGGUGCGGAGGGCGGGGGAUGCGGUGUUGGAUGCGUGGAAGGGAGCGGCGGAGUGGGCGGGCGGGAGUGAGUUUAAGAGUGCGGCUGUUAGUAGGCAUGAGUGGUCGGAGAAGGGGGGGGAGUAUAUUAAGGAACAUAAUCUGGGCAAUGCUGGUUUUGCGUAA